CACAUCCUCCUCACAGGAAAGAAUGAGUAUGAUCUUCUGGUAAUUGGUGGAGGAUCUGGAGGCCUUGCUUGUGCAAAAGAAGCUGCUCAGUUUGGAAAGAAAGUGGCUGUUUUGGAUUACGUGGAACCUUCUCCACAAGGAACCAGAUGGGGACUGGGUGGAACUUGUGUCAAUGUUGGCUGUAUUCCUAAAAAGCUUAUGCAUCAAGCAGCCCUUUUAGGGAGUGCCCUUAAAGAUGCCCAACACUAUGGCUGGAAUAUAGCCCAACCUGUUCAUCAUACCUGGUCUGUGAUGGCACAAGCUGUUCAGAAUUAUGUGAAAUCCUUGAACUGGGGACACAGAGUGCAACUGCAAGACAAGAAAGUGAAAUAUUUCAACAUGAAAGGGAGUUUUUCUGAUCCACAUACAGUCCGUGGUGUAACAAAAGCGGGUAAAGAGACUAUUGUUACUGCAGAAAAUAUUGUCAUUGCCACUGGAGGAAGACCAAAAUAUCCUGCACAUGUUGCAGGUGCGCUGGAGUAUGGAAUCACAAGUGAUGAUCUAUUCUGGUUAAAAGAAGCUCCUGGAAGAACGUUGGUUGUUGGAGCCAGCUAUGUUUCACUUGAGUGUGCUGGUUUUCUAACGGGCAUUGGAUUGGACACUACAGUCAUGAUGAGAACUAUCCCACUUCGUGGAUUUGAUCAGCAAAUGGCUUCUUUAGUAACUGAGCACAUGGAAUCUUAUGGCACAAAAUUUUUGAAGAGAUGUUUUCCAACCAAAGUUGAAAAAUUGGAGAGCAACAGAUUGCAAGUCACCUGGAAAAAUACUGACCUAGGCACAGAAGAAACUGAUUCCUUUGACACGGUGAUGUGGGCAGUAGGCCGAGCCCCUGACACUGCAACUCUCAAUUUGAAGACAGUUGGAGUGAAAACGAAUUCUGAAACUGGAAAGAUCAUCGUUGAUGCCAGUGAAGCUACUUCUGUUCCUCACAUUUAUGCAGUUGGAGACAUAACAGAGGGCCGUCCUGAAUUAACACCCUCAGCAAUAGCUGCAGGAAAACUGCUGGCUCGGCGUCUUUUUGGCCAGUCUUCAGAAUUGAUGGACUAUAACAAUGUACCUACUACAGUUUUCACUCCCUUGGAAUAUGGUUGUGUUGGACUGUCAGAAGAAGCAGCUGUGCAAUGUUAUGGAUCAGAUAAUAUCGAGGUGUACCAUGCGUAUUAUAAACCUUUGGAGUUUACAGUGGCUGAAAAAGAUGCGACUCAAUGCUAUAUGAAAAUGGUGUGCUUACGAGAGAGAGAGCAACGCAUUCUUGGCCUUCAUUUCAUCGGACCAAAUGCAGGCGAAGUUAUUCAAGGAUUUGCUCUUGGAAUCAAAUGCGGAGCUACAUAUCCCCAGCUAAUGAAGACAAUUGGCAUUCACCCUACCUGCGCUGAAGAAAUUACCAAGCUGCACAUCACAAAGCGUUCUGGCUUGGAUGCAACAGUCACAGGCUGCUGA